AUGGAUAACCAUGGCUCGUGGGACCUCGAUGAGGAUGAUAUCGAACCUACCGGCCUGCCCUUCCAACAACCACAGAUCGAGUGGCGCGAGGUCGAGGCCUUCCUCCCCGCGGACGCCUACCCGAUCUUCCACCCCUCCGACGCCGACGUCGCCCACAUCCUCGCCCUCAUGGACACCACCGCCGUCGAGCUCGAGCUCGCCCCCGGCGAGCCCGUCGCGUCCGCCUCCGGCAACCAGUUCGCCGACCUCCGCGACGGCCGCGUCGUCAAGGUCGGCUGGCGCGCCUCCGAGCUCAUGCUCGAGGCCUACGCCCUCGUCCUCGUCCGCGCCCGCACCCGCGUCCCCGUCCCCCGCGUGCACGCCGCCUUCGUCCGCGACGACGCCGCCCACCUCGUCAUGGACCGCGUCGACGGCCUCCCGCUCCACCGCGCCUGGGCCUCCCCCGGCGGCGGCGCCGACCGCCACGCGCAGCUCCCCCGCCCCGCCCUCCGCGCCGUCCUCCGCCAGCUCCAGGGCGCGAUGGACCAGCUGCGCGCGCUCGGCGAGCGCCUCGCCGCGCAGGCCGGCGGCGCCGCGCGCGGCCGCACCGCGCCGAUGCGCCCCGCGUUCGGCUCGUGGCCGCGCCAGCCGUACGCGCACGCCGCGUUCGUCGACGAGCGCGCGCCCGCGGGCCUCCAGGCGCCCUCGCUCGUCUUCGCCUCCCUCGCCGAGUUCCACGCGUACUGGCUCGCGCGCUUCGGGCGGCACGCCGCGGACCCCGCGUACGCGGACCUGCGCGCGCUCUGGGCGCGCAGCGAGGGCGGGAGCGCGGCGCUGCCCGAGCUCAUGCACGGCGACCUCGCGCCGCGGAACGUGCUCGUCAAGGACGGCGCCGUCGUCGCCAUCCUCGACUGGGGCACGUUUGGGUGGUACCCCACCUUCUGGCAGAUGAUCGGGAUGUGGGCCCAGUUCAAGCCGAAGCGGGUCGAGGACGCCAUCAAGGAGGUCUUUGGGGGGCCGUCGCGCGAGGCCUCGGUCUACGUCGAACUGCUGGCCCUGCUCGACAACCCGUCGUUUGUGGAGGACGAAUGA